AUGUCUCAGAAGUCAUCGAGGGCAACCGUCAGGCGAAUAUUUGUGCCCUCUCGGUACCGUUCCGCCACACAGGAGCUGCCAUGUAAUUUAUCGACUACUGCGUCCAGGGGAGGUCCAUCCACUUCAUCUCCGAAGAAAGAUCAAAAAACUUUUCUCGACAUACAUGACUCUAUCGCGUCGAUUAUUCGAUCCGAAGCAGAGCCUUCACUAGCCUCAAAGCCAGUCCUUCGGCUACAACGAUGUCGGUCAAUGUCAGAUAUUGGGAGAACUCGGUUAAAUCUGACAGAUUCGGAGAUAAAACUCAGGUCCAAUCUUGCCAUUUGGACUUUUCUUCUGGAACACUCUAGAAAGGCGGUUGAGAAGCAAAAUAAACAGGAAGAAGCUCUUCGCAAGGCUAUUGCGGAGGCGCAUGAUCGGGAAGCUUGGUUAAAAAAGUGGCUUAAAGUUCAGGAAUCUAUCGAUUUACAGAUUGUAAUCUAUCAACGUCUGCUCAAACUAAUGAAGGGCGAAUCGGGCAUCAUAAGCCUUUUGCGCCGCCUAUAUGACAACCAUCUUCUUCCUGUCAGUGAUCGUCUUCCUCUUGAGGAGCUUACUUUAGGCGACGAUUUUCAAGGUCAUUUGACAGCGGCUUCUCUGGCUCAAGAAAACUUCGUAGCCGGUAUCGCAGGAGAUCUAAAAGCUCUGAGCGCUAUCGCAUCCCAGUUGGAUGAACUGGCUCAUGUCGUUCUCUCAUCCACCUCCUGGUUGGGUAACAAAGAGGUGGUGGCCAAGUUAACUCAGGCCUGUCGGCUCUGUCUUCACCUCGCUUCGCUUCGAACUCACCGGCUGCAACAGGAAAUGGCCCAACGAGUUGGUGCUAUUUCGUCUUAG